UGUAAGCGGGGUGGGAGGGGAAUACCCCAUAGCUCUCAGCAUGAAUGCUCUCUGGCGAAAGGAUGUGUGAGCAGGCAGCCCGAUACUGCAGGGACGGCGUCCACAAACUGCUCCACAAAGAACAACCCAAACUCGGGGCUCAGAACAGCGAGACAGCAACGGCUGCACAGUCAGGCAGCAGCGGAGCCCAGCUCGGUGGAAUAGACGGGCUAGUCCGCUGGAUAGUGACGAAGAUGAGCGACAACAAGAACAUCUCUCCCCGAGAAUUCCUCAAGGAGGAGCCGGGGGCUGCCCGGGAGCAGUUCUUCAACCCGGAGCCUCGGAAGGGCAUCUCCGUCAUCCUGGAUAUAUUCCGAAGAGCAGACAAAAAUGAUGAUGGAAAGCUCUCUCUUGAUGAGUUUCAGGCCUUUUUCUCUGACGGGACUCUCAAUGAAGAAGAGCUGGAAAAACUCUUUCACACAAUUGACUCAGAUAACACCAGUAAUGUUGACACCAAGGAGCUCUGUGAUUAUUUCGCCUCUCACAUGGGUGACUAUGAGGAUGUGUUGGCCUCCCUGGAGACUCUCAACCUGUCCAUCCUGAAAGCUAUGGACUAUACCAAGAGGGUGUACGAGCGAGGCACCAAUGUGGACCAGUUUGUGACCCGCUUCCUGCUGAAGGAGUCGGCCAAUCAGAUUCAGUCCCUGCUGAACUCUGUGGAGAGCGCAGUAGAUGCCAUUGAAGAGCAGUCCUCCCAGUCAGGACACUACCCCAGCAGGGGGGGUCACCGUAUAGCAGAUACCAGGUACGAGAGUCCUGUCCCGGAGUACCCCCCGAACAACAGAGUCACCACCAAAGAGGCCAAGAAGAACAUCCAGACCGGUAAAGGAGUGGUGGAGAUGAGAGAGGAGGGGCUGGAGGCCCAGAUCAACAGGCUGGCAGAGCUCAUUGGACGACUAGAGAACAAGACAGUGUGGUUUGACCUGCACCAGAGGCUAACAGACACUGAUGGCACAGCCAGCGCAUCCCUCUAUCUGGUGCGCCAAGAGAUGGCGGUAUCCCAGAAGCACCUGGGAGAGUUCUGCGAGGCCCUGAAACAGUACCUGAAGAAUGUCUCUGCCCAGAGAGACUGUUUCCAUGUGACUGCUGUAAGGCUCCCCGACGGAAUGACCUUUGUCGUUUACGAGUUCUGGGAAGGAGAGGAGGAGUGGAAGAGACAUCUCCAGAGUGUGCCCUGCAAGGUGUUCCAACACGUCAAGGUGGAUACUCUGUGCCAGCCCGAGGCCAUCUCCACUGUGGCAGUGCCAGCGGCCUGGUGCAGCCUGAACAGAGACUGACUGGGGGUGCGACUCCCCGCACAGAUGCCCCCGAGCCGCUGUCUGCAGAGCCCCAUCUCCAGUGCCCCCCCCACCCCCGCUGCAGGCUGCAGACGACUCUCCUCUCCUUUAUAAUGACUUGUUUACAAACAGUGUCUGUUAGAUACUUAACCGAGCACACCGCAGGGAAUGCUGGGUAUAUGAGGGGCUUUGUGAUGUUGCUGUUAACAAAAAGUGAAGGAAAACAAAAACGAAUCAAUAUUCCACCUACCUGGACUGAACAUAACUACUACUGGAUAGAAACUGUGCCAUAAAUACAGGAAGAUUCAUUGUGAUCUUUCUCAGCCCAGAUCCAACUCACAGCUCCUUCACGGUUCACUUUCUAUGAAUGUACAUACAGUGUUCAAACAGAGACUACAGUUUGACAAAUGUUUUGAUUUGUCUUUUCAUUCAGCAAAGGAGGCAGCAUUGGUCCCCAGCGGCUUUCCUUGUAGAUAUUAGAUAGAAUAACACCAGUGCUCUUAACAGAAUUUUAUGGGAGCCACUGAGUCUUAGAUUUUACUUUUAACUCCGAAGAGAUGGGUAACGUCCCACAUUGAUCUCCUCAAGAUGCGCAUUCUACUUAUCUGCCUCACAUGAACUUUGCGAUCUGACUCUGUUUUGCUUUCCUUCACUUUCCAAGCAAGUGCAUGUAGUCUGGGCGUCCAGUAUCUUAUUUGCAGUAGAAUUUAGCUGUGCUACUUUUAAUGGAUUUUCGUGCAUUUCUAAUUUCUUUUAUAAUCCUACAGCUGGCUCAUUAAAAAUAAAAAAAUGGGUCAAUCUAUUCACUUUUAUGGCAUUGAUUAAAAUACUACUUAUAAGUCUGUGUUUCAGUAUGCUCCCGAUUGCUGUUUUACUCUGAGCAUCGGGAGUGCAGGGAUGUGUUAUAUUCCAUCUGAAAUUAGUUUACUUAUAGCUCAUGUACAGUAAAGGUACUCGGAAACUGUUGAACAAAAACUGAAAUAAAACUGUUGAAAACAAACUUAA